GGACAACAGCAAUAUUAAACUAAUGCAGAGACAAUUGUCUUGAGCAGACAUGAUCGUAAGUAAAACGACUCUGCAUGUACAGGUUCGACCGAUCCAUCACUACCCAUUUGUGUCACAUAAUGUUUUGAGGUAAAAAUGUCACUUGUUGUUCACACUGAUUAUUUGCAGUCACAUUGUGUGCCAGCAGAUGUCAGAUUACAACACGGGUUCGCUGUUAUUGCAACGCGAACUAAUGAUGUCACAUUAGAUAGAUAAGACCCUCUUUGGUCAGUAUUUCUCAGCGCACCAUAUCUUCUGACAGCCAUAUUGAACUUCACAGGGUAUAAUUAAUUUGUUAAUCCUCCUCAUCAUGCAUGCCAUUUACAUUCUGGUGAAGUGUGAGGGAUGUCAUGUGUUUCUGCAAUGGGCAGACCAAUGACACGCACACACACACACACACGUUCUGUGCAACAGUUGAGCAAAACGUGAGACUUGUGUGUUAUCAGGAGUGUGCUGCUUGGCUAAAUAGGGCAACUACUAUCACUGAGACACGUGUUAACCCGGUGUUUAGAGUAAACAAUGUUUUGACUGCAUGUUAAUUUCUCCUUUGCAACUUGUGUGUCCCAUUAAAAGCUGGUGCAUGCAUAAUGUAGCCUAUGCCAAACAAAUAAAUAACUUAUAGGCUACACAGUUAUUAUUAUAGGAUGUAUAGGGUUAUAUAUAGCCAACUCGCUCUGGUCUUCUCCAAACCAGUAUGAGACCUGGCUCAUCGACUGUCCGCCAUGCACGGCAUUUCCAGGGAAAUUCCUACACCUGUCCCGUGUGGGGAUUUUUUGCUGCAAAGACAAAGUACGGGUGCGCUUUGGAUAACUUUGCCUAGGUGGCAAUUGUGCGGCUCAUUCACAAUGAGUUUGAAUCGAUUUUUAAGCAAUGACCAGAUCACUGGUCUCUCGACUGUGUACCUGGUAUCUCUGUCUAUAAGUUUGAUUGGGAGUUUUUCAGUGCUGGUGGUUUCCAUUGUAAAGAGGAGCCACCUACAAGAACAGGUGAAUCCCCUGGUCCAGCUGGCUCUAGCUGAUCUGUUGGCAGCAGUCACCCUGAUGUUCACCAGCACAAUGAAUGAAACACACACCUUCACCCCCAGUGUGUUAAUCUGUGAAAAACUACUGCCUCUGUCACUGAUGUUUUACUUCGUGUCGUUCCUCCUGAUGGUAGUGUAUGCCUGGGAGUCAAAGCAUGCAGUCGAGGGAUGGAGGGAGAGACCAAGAGAGGAAGAGUCCCAGUGUCGACAAAGGAUGGGGGUUGUGCCUGUAUAUGCUUGUGUGUGGUUUAUACCAUUGGUGAUGUACUUUGUGUAUGUGAUGACUUUAGUCCUGGUACCACCCAGCCACAUGACGGCAAACAACGCUGAAGCUAGCACAUACUGCAACAGCUGUAUCCUCUUCCUGCAUAUCUGGAGGGACAACUGCUCAGAUAUAGAACAUAUCCAUGAUAUCUUCAUACAAUGCUUCCUCUUCGUCAGUGUGAUACCAGUUUUGGUGUGCUGCACAGUGGUUUACUACAAGGUGGGCAGCUGGUAUCGCAGGUAUGAGGAAGAGGGACUAUUUCCUGUGGAGGGAGAUGCACGUUCCAGGAAACGGCUGAGGGGUAUGUUCUCCACUGCUCGCUACAUGAUGGUGGUCAUCAUCUUCUGCUGGACCCCAGCUCUUGUUCUGGUUGUCCUGUCUGUGAUACCAGACAUACCUCAAGUAAAUCUCUUCCCCCUGUAUGUUAUACAGGCGAUGACGUUGUCUCUGCAGGGCUGUCUGAACAGUGUGGUCUAUGCCUGGAGACGACCGAACUUCAGAGACGCUGUGCUCGGAGAGAGGAUUCCCCUUCUCAGCCAAGACGCCCCUCUGCCCUUCUUUGACGAAUCACUGAGGGGGCCGCUUGGACCCUUAACCUCUAACUCCUGACUCUAGAGAAGCUGCUAUGCUGCGGGUGGAAUUCUACCUCUGGCACAGAAACAGUUUACCCUCCUCAAAUACUAACCUUUACCACUGAGGGAAGCAAUGUAACACUGACCUCAGAUCAGCAUCUUGGGAUAACUUCAUUCUACUACUCCCACUGGGAUGGUUGUCCGGAACCAAGACAAUGGUGUACUAUGGACGUAGGGGUCGAUUCAGACUCAGGAAAUGUAUGCCUAUCCUACACACGUCUUUCCUAUGCACUUCUCAGUAGUUGGUAUUCAGACUUUCCUUAUGCAGGCGUGUAACGGGCUUUGUUCUACAUUUCCUAGAACAGCUGAAAAUCCUCCCACUUGCUGGCUAACAAACUUUCUCAUCGAGUUUUCAUUCAAUAAAGUUUUCUGUACAUUCAACUUAAACCAUCCCUUUAAAUACGGUGUACCUUUAAUUCGAAUUUGGUCGACAGACUCACUAGAAUACAUAGAGAGAAAAGCUUCAGAGUAUUAGAGAUCAAUGGAAGGAAGCCAUCUAAAUAUAUGCAUAUUUGUUACAGUUUCAGCACCAACUGGUUAAAAAAUAUUCUGGUAGAUUAUUUAGGCAAAUAUUAGGGUUAGGAAGGUAUGUAUGACAUGAACUGGUUUGGUGAGCCUUUCCGCACAAAAUAUAAUAUAUAUAUUUUUAUUGAACCUUUAUUUAACCAGAUAGGCCAGUUGAGAACAAGUUCUCAUUUACAACUGCGACCUGGCCAAGAUAAAGCAAAGCAGUGCGACACAAACAACAACCCAGAGUUACACAUGGAAUAAACAAACAUGCAGUCAAUAACACAACAGAAAUGAAUCAAAAAUACAGUGCUUUGAUUCAUCCUGAAAGUUGCCAUAUUCAAAUUCAAUCCAUAAAAUAUUGGAAGGUGAAAAAAGUGUGCAAUAGGGGUUGAACAAUAGGCUAGUCCGAUAAAUCAACCAUAAUCCUUACUAAUAAUUGAACUGGUCCAGUCAUUGUGAACUGUGCGCCAGGCUCCAGGGUUAACCUGCUAUGUGUGGUCUGACUUCCAUAAUGAUUCAAAUAGGCUACAUGCCCCAAAUUAUUGCGCAACGUUAGCCUAUUGAUCCACUACUGGAAGAUACUGUUCCCACCUCACCACUGAAGAGACUGGAAUAACACCUUUAAUCACAGAGUUCACCUGGUAUUCUACAUAAAAUGCUACUACGUUAAGUGGUAUGUCAGAAGACACCAUUUGCAAUUCAGAAUUUUCCUGGACCUCAAAACAUGCGUUUGAAUGUGAUUUCUGUAGCACCAUUUUUGUUAGUGUUAUUUAGAAGAAUCUUCAAUGAUAUAUUCAUUUUUUAGUACAAUGCUAUUUCAGUAAGAAGAGAGAAUGAGGUGAUUAUUUUGAUGAGUUGUAGAGCCAGAUGGGCCAGAGAACAACAUGACAUGACAAUGACCAUCGUUUGAUUGAUUGAUUUGAUUAAUGGAAUAUGGUUUAUGAAGCGCUUCCUUAUGGUGUUGGGGAUUUCACUCUUUCCAGUAGAUAGCUAGAGCAACUGUCAGUGAUUGUGUACAAUAUAGCAAGCAAUAUAGCUAGUAACCAUAGCAAGCUAUCAUUUGUACACAUUCAGUGUUUGUUUUUUAUCAGGUUAUAUAGUAUCACCCUUUGAACAAAAUUAAUUCAAAUCAGAAGUAUCAUUUUUAUUCAGUCAUUUGACAUGUGUAUAGACUAAAGACGAAAAAGCACUCAAGGACUAAAUGUACUGUACUUUAGCAUGUAGAUGUUCUUUGGUAGGCAUUAAAAUCACAGGAUAACAUUUCCCUUGUAUAUUUAUGUUGUUAUGAUGUUUUAUUUGUGCAAUAAAUGGCCUCGUACCCAGUCCCAUUUUAACUGA